GCCGGUGACGACAGCAGCGAACACUUCAGCGACGCGCUGGGUGCCGUGCGCUGGAUCACCCAGCAGUGCAACAGUCGCGGCGGCUUCGUGUCCACGCAGGAUACGGUGCUGGCGCUGGAGGCACUGGCCGUCUUCUCGGCCGACCUGCCUCGCUCCAGCAGCGCCGACCUGCGAGUACACGUCUCUGAUGACAGCUCGCUGAACGACAUCAUCAGCGUGACGGCGGACAAUCAGCUACUGAUGCAAACUCGUGACAUCACGCUGCUGCCAGGUCACGUCCACGUCAGAGCACAGGGCACCGGCUGCGCCCUGGUGCAGGCCUCGUUGAAAUACAACGUGUAUACAGCCGGUCCAAACGACGCACUGACGAUCAACGUGGCCGCCAAGCCCAAAAUGAACCAGCGGGAAUGUCUGAAGCAUACCAUAGACAUCUGCGUCAGCUACCUGAAGGAGGAUAGCGAAACCAAUAUGGCUGUGGUCGAGUUGGACAUGGUCAGCGGGUUCAUUCCCAACAAGGGAAGUCUGAAUGACCUCAAGCAGAACGUCGAGUUGGGUCUGAAGCGCUGGGAGGUCAACAACAACAAGGUGGUCUUCUACUUCGACUCGCUGGAUGGAAAGGAGCGCUGUUUCAGCAUCAUCGUACAGCGGGAGCAGGAGGUGGAAGAUGCCAAAAGGGCGGUGGCCAGCGUAUAUGAUUAUUACCAGACGGAGUUCGCCCGGAGCACGUCGUACGCCCUGGACGUCAACUGCGACACAGUUCUACCGUGGCCCAUUGACCCGGUUCCACUGCCUGUGUUCGAGAACGACCAGCAAGGAGCCGGGUCCGAGUUCCGCGGCUUCUUCCUACGGGACGACAGACCGCAGCUGCCGGAGGGCCCGGAGGGCGUGGCCCCUCGUCUGGCGGCGCCGCCCCUCGGCUUCAGAGGUGCAGAGCAGGACACACCGGCGGCCGACGGCCGAGAGGACGAGGAGAGGAAGGACGACCAGGACGACGACGGGCCCGUCUGUCCGAUGUGCCUGGACAGGCUGCGCAAGGAGGACUUCAGCCACUACCUCUGCCUGUACGGGCGGGUGCUGGUGGCGACGCUGACAGAGGAGGGCACGCUCCAUUACCGCUCCUCCUGGGCUCUGGAGGGCAAGCCCACGCGGCUCGGGGUCCAGCAGCCAAUCGCCAUGACUGAUGGCUGCGACUGCGUCCUUGACACAGGGAGGCCGCUGUACGUGUUCGGCAUGACGGAGGACCAGCUGGAGCAGUCGCUGUUGCCGCUGACCGACGAGCACGUGCUGGCGGCGGCUCCUGGCACCGUGCAGCUCCGCAAGCGUCAGGUGGAGCUGGCUCGCGAAAGGGGCUGCCAGUAAAGCUCGACAGGCUGCCGGUGAUGACCCGCGGGGCUGCCGGUGAUGACCCGCGGGGCUGCCGGUGAUGACCCGCGGGGCUGCCGGUGAUGACCCGCGGGGCUGCCGGUGAUGACCUGCGGGGCUGCCGGUGAUGACCCGCGGGGCUACAGGCUUUCGCUGCGUCGGGCACCGUAGCCACGCGACUGUCACGUGUGCUGAUGGGCGUGUUUUGCAUCGUUCAUGGGAGGCUACACUGUCGCGGUGCAAUGUCCCGCCGCUGGGUACUGGCACAUGCUGGUCCCGCGCGAGUUUGACGUCAUGUUCACAUUUGUUCGACGGCAUUCGAUAAUAU